AUGGCUGCUGCACCUCCACCUUUGACUGAACUCGUUUUUGAAAAAAUGAGGGUAAAUAUCAGAGAUUCAUUGAAUACAAUGACAAGUGCUAAGUUUGUCAAGAAGUAUGCUAAUCACUACGUCGAGAUGAAAUACAGAUACCAUGACUUUGUUCGGUUGGGUUACUCGGAAGAAAUUUUAAAGUAUAAGCUGGAACGAACAGAAGAGAUAGAGUGGUGGGGUCCUGUUUACAUCGAGAAACUGGCUGUAGAUUUGAAACAAGAGUUUAUGGAAAACGUGGUUGAGGAUGAUGAGACCCCAGUAAGCCACGAUUGA